AUGUAUAUAAUAGAUGAAAAAGAGUUGAUCUACCCAUUCUCAUGUAUCUGUGGAUAAUCACUCUAAACAGUUGAAAAAUUAGUACUACAUAAUUUGAAUUGCGAGAUCAUGAAUAUGACUUACAUGGAGUUAUUUUUGGCCUGGGAGAAGUUUACGUAAAAUCUUACUGAUCUUGAACAACUAAUGAAUAUGCAUUCAUUGGCUUAAAUGUUCUAGGAAGCUAUUAGCAUUCAGAUCAAGACUUUAACACAUGAUGAUGAAAUACAUUUAAACAAAGUACCAUUAAAUCUAUGUAACAUUUUGAGCUUUAAAGUUACAGAUAAUAUAGUCAAUCCCGAGGAAGAAGUAAAAUUCCAAAACAAUGGACUUGAACUUCAUCAGAAAUAAAAUGGCUAAUAAAAUUAUGAUCUUGCUCAAUUCUAAAUAAAUCAGGAUGAUUACUAACUUCAAAGGAUUGAGGAGCUUGACUAGUAUGAGACUUGUCAGUACUGUCUGAAUCACAUAUCUCCAAUGGAGAUGGAAGAGGAAGAAACCAUGAUGCUUUAGUCAACUGAUUGUUUCCAUAUGCUACAUAAAGAUUGCUUCUCUUUACUGGCUUUUGAGUAGGUUAAUCUACAAUCUAUUAACUAAUGUAUAGUUCUGUUCGCAUGUCAUAAUAGAUGCAAUGCCCAAAUUGUCAGAAAGAUAUUGCUGAGAGAGAAAUCAGGAAUAUUAUCAGCUGUGCAUAUGAGCAAAUAUAGAGUAAGAUGCGGCUAGUGUCAAAAGAAUUUCUGCUCAUAAUGUUAGUCAGAGCCAUAUCACUAAGGAAAGACUUGCGACUAAUAUAAAGAAUAUAAGGAAUCAAGAAAGUGCAGAUACUGUAAUGAGAAACUUACUCAGCCACCACCAUCAAUGCUUCCAGCCUUCAAGGAAGUGUGCAGAUCUCAAGUAUGUAUAGAAUUAAUGGGCAAGACAUGUGAAAAAGUGCUUGAAUGUGGACAUCCUUGCUGUGGCUUUAAGGAUGAAGAGAAAUGCAUGCCCUGUCUGAAUGAAGAAUGUGUAAAAAAGGAUGAAAGUUUAACAUUUUCAUUGAAUGCAGAAUCAUAUUGUGAGAUAUGCUAUACUGAAGGACUAGGAGCAGGCCCAUGUGUUUAGCUAGAAUGCAAGCAUAUCUAUCACCUUGAAUGCUUGCAUAACAAGAUUAAGCAGCGCUGGGGUAACAAAAGAAUCACGUUUGCUUUUAUGGAAUGUCCUAAAUGUAAUAAGCACAUCAAAGCAGAAAACUGUCAAAUAAUAGAAUAGGAGUUAGAAGAUUGCAGAAAGAUAUAUGGUAUGGUUUGUUAGAAGUCAGUAGAGAGGGCUAAAUUUGAAGGGCUUGAUAAAGAUCCCAGAUUAUAAAAGGCCGGAGAUCCUUACUUUAAUAACAUACAGUCUUUAGCCUUGAAUAAACUCUCUUUCUAUCAAUGCUUCAAAUGUAAGAGUCCAUACUAUGGUGGAAGAUAUGAAUGUGGGGAAGGCGAGGAAUAAAAGGAAAAUGGCAAUGCUGGACCUUAAAGAGAACCCAAGCCUGAAGAUUACAUAUGUUCUUCUUGUUCAGCUUUAAAAUUAGGUGCAGGAGUAACUGAUUGUAAAAAGCAUGGAAAAGACUAUAUAGAGUUCAAAUGCAGAUACUGUUGUACAGUAGCCCUAUGGUUUUGCUUUGGAACUACUCAUUUCUGUGAGCCUUGUCACUAAGUUGCCAAUGAUAGUCGAAAGAAAGAGUGUCCUGGCCUUGAUUAAUGUCCAUUGGGUGUAGAGCAUCCUAAAACAGGAACUGAAUUUGCAUUAGGAUGUGGACUGUGCAGAAAUAAUGCUGAAUUUGAACCAAUAUAAGCUUAACCUAAAAAACCCUCUAAAAUAAAUAACAUUAAGAAAGCAUUUGGUAAUAUGAGGUAAAUGGCUGUAAGAAGAAAAUGA